AUUCAGUGUAAAAUUUCUAAGGUAAUGUUCAUCUUUAUUUUCUCUAAAAGGUUAAUGUACACAAUAGCUGUAAUAGAAAAUUGUAGUACCUAAUCGAAAUGGAACUAUACUAUGAUUUACAAUUAAAACAUCAAUAUUAAAUGUAGCUUUAUGUACGAUUUUACACAUACUUUUUUAGAAUUUUCGGUAGGUAUAACAAAAAUAUUCGACGUUCGAUUAUGAUAUCCGAUCAAUAACAAAUAAGAUGUAUGUAAACAAAUACUGAUAUGUUAUUAAUAUUAAUGUUAAACAGCUGAUUUUGAAUGAUAAUAUGUUUUCCAGUUUAUUGUUCGUUGCAUGUUUUAUUAUCAUCCAGGGUUCCAGUGAUUUGUUAUUGUUAUCAUUUGUUUUAUCUCGUAUACAAAAUAUACUACAAGUUGUUGACUCACAGUGCACUACAAACAUUCGAUUAUUUAAGCUAAUCUUCGUAUAACAUAUUAUUUAAAUCGCCUUAUAAAUUUUUGUAACAAUGAAUAAUAAUACUAGUUUGUAUUUGUUGUUAGUUGUAACUUUUAUUUUGACCAUUAGAUCUGGUAAAUAUUAUAUUAUCUAUACUAAAAAUGUUUCAAGACGUAUUUAAUAAUAUUGAUAUAUAGUUUAAACUUUAAAAGACGAUGAUUAAUUCGUUAAAAUUGUUUUGUUUAGCUUCGAGUAUAUCGUGUUACCAAUGCAACAGUACUGAUAUAAAAUAUCAAUUUCUAUGUGGAGAGUUUAUGGAUACUCAUGUCGAUGAGUUAUCAGCACAACCAUGUUUGGAAAACAAUGCAAAUUAUUGUAUUAAAUUGGUAGGUUACCAUGAAGGUAUGUAUUAUUAUACACGUUUGAAAUAAUAUGUUAGUUGAAUUGAUGUUAUUUUAACGAUUUUUUAUAGGAAGAUUUGGAGUGAGACGUUUUUGUUCUGUCCACAACCUAGAUGAUAGAUGUGAAUUUAGUAAUAUUAUUUCUGGCGAUGAAAGAGAUUAUAGAACGUGCGUUUAUACUUGCAGUUCUGAUGGCUGUAAUGGUUCGUCACUAGUCAAGUCUUUCAGAUAUUUAACAGGAAUAUGUUUUUUGCCGUUGUUUAGACGGCUUUUACUCUAGACAAUUAAAUUACCAACAUAUUAUACUCCAAAUUAUACUAAACAUUUAUUAUCAGGCUUUUUAUUGUUGUUGUAAUUUGUUUUACAUAUGUUGUUAAAUAUUUUGGUUUUUAAAAACUAUUUCGGGUUUUUGUAUUAUAUUAAAAUCAAAUCCGUUUACUAAUUAUAAUAUAAGUUAUAACAUUUAGAACCUGAGAAAUGCGUGCGUGUCUCGUAUGAUGUCGUUGACAUUUAUUAUGGAAAAUGUAUGAGCGCCGCCGUUUUCGUUGGUAUUUUCGGUCUUGGGACUGAUCAAUACUGCUCUUGCCGUUGUUUUGUCGAUUUUCGACCGGUUCAUGAAACGCAUACUACCCUUUGCGUUUACCGUAUGGCGAUGGCCGUCCUCUGUGGUACCGGCGAACAUCGUGAUAAACGAAUCCUUGAUGUCAACUGUUUUCAAGACGAGAGAUUUUUUCUUUGUCUUUCUUUUGAACACUGGGUGCACCUCCCGCUGCCGGUAAAACGCACAGUGACGCAUUCGUCGUCGCCGUCUUUUCGCUUUAUCCUUUUUUUCGGUGACCGCUUUUUCGAGUUUGGUGGUUUGCUGUGGCACCAGUACGCCGGUCGAUUUAAAAUAAUCGAAACAUGUGAGUACCACACACCGGCCGAUUGUAUACA